GUGGCAUCUUCCCCUUAAAAAAAUUCAAAAAAAAGAUAGAGGCGGGAACAUUAAGGUCCCGAGCCUUGUCAGGUGCACAUAACACUCCUGUAAACGUUAUAUGGAAAACAAUUUGCUGGAGGAACUGGUUCUUGAAGCUUCAAGUAAAAUGUGAAUGGGUGACGAUAACACAACAGCAUUUUCUAUAACCUCUAGAGUGCCAUAAAGCUGAAACUAAUUCCCUCGGAACGCGGCAGGAAAUUCUUUGCAUUUUUAUUCUAGCCAAAUAGAGACACUGAUAUUGAGGACUAAAGGCAUGAACGUAUGUAAUUAUAGGGUGCUAAACAUGCCUCCUCUCCUGGAGGUAAGGAACUUUAUUUCAAAGCCGUUCUCUUUCAGGACGGUUUCUGACUCACUGUGACUUUUUCAUUCACUCAUAAAUGCUCCCCUCCAGGCCUUUAAUUCUCCCUCACCUACUCUUUCUUCACCUCAUUUUAAGACCUGUGUCUAGAAAAGUAAGGUUUAUUGCUCAGAGAAGGGAAAAAAAGCAUGGGAUUUCCAAGCAUGGUGGUGAGUUCCUUACUUGUUAUUGUUUCGGUUGCAUGGGUGGCUAAUGGAGAUUCUCUUGUUCCGGCACUCAUCAUCUUUGGGGACUCUGUUGUUGAUGUUGGGAACAACAACAAUCUGAAUACACUCAUUAAGGCAGACUUCCCUCCUUACGGAAGAGACUUUGUUAAUCACCUGCCCACCGGAAGAUUCUCUAACGGAAAGAUCGCCAUUGACUUCACCGCUGAGGACCUGGGUUUCCCUUCAUAUCCACCUGCUUACCUUAGCCAAGAAGCUAGAGAUAAUAACAGAAUCUUGACUGGAGCCAACUUCGCCUCCGCUGCUUCUGGAUAUUACGACGGCACAGCACAGUUAUAUGCGGCAAUUCCAUUGACGCAGCAGUUAACAUACUACAGAGAGUUCCAAGCAAGAGUGGUGGAUACAGUUGGAAGAGCUAGGGCCAAUGACUUGUUCGCCAGUGCAAUUCAUCUUCUGAGUGCUGGGAGCAGUGAUUUUAUUCAGAACUACUACAUCAGUCCCCUGCUCAACAGAGCCUAUACGCCAGAUCAGUUCUCAGACAAUCUCAUAAGAUCCUACUCAACUUUCAUUCAGAAUCUAUACGGAUUGGGAGUAAGGAGAAUAGGAGUGACAACCCUACCACCGACAGGAUGUUUGCCUGCAGCCAUUACGCUAUUUGGUGCAGGAAGCAACGAGUGCAUCACAAGGUUGAACCAGGAUGCAAUUUUAUUCAACAGUAAACUGAACAGCACAUCUCAAAGCCUGGUGAACAGGUUCCCUGAUCUCAAACUUGUGGUCUUUGAUAUUUACCAGCCUCUCUUAGAUAUGAUCACAAGGCCAGCUGAAAACGGGUUCUUUGAGUCAAGAAGGGCUUGCUGCGGAACAGGUACAGUAGAAACAUCUAUGCUCUGCAAUGCCAGGUCCGUAGGUACAUGCUCAAAUGCUACAGCAUAUGUGUUUUGGGAUGGUUUCCAUCCGACUGAAUCUGCUAACCGGAUACUGGCGGGUAAUCUACUGGCACAGGGAAUAUCCCUCAUCUCUUGAAGCUGCCUCUAUUGUAAUUGCCAAUGUUCUCAUUCACUCCUGCCAUCCUGUACUAGAUGGUAUAUUAGAUGCAAUCAAGAAUUACUUAGCACUUUGUUGGUUUUACCAUUUUAGUAAGAGAGUUGAACAUUCUCAUAUGUACAACCUCCUCAGUUUUACUUGUAGCAACUGUGCAAUUUCAUGAUUUUCUCCUGUGGAAAAUCUUAAACAUGAAUCCUUGCCUUGGAUGAUUAUGGUGAUAAUGGUUUCUUCAGGACUACAUUUUAUUUAAACAAUUCUUCUAAGCAUUGACACCAAAUGCCAGGUUAUGAUAUAUAUGGUUAGAUACACUUGCAUUCAUUUUAGUCUUACAUAAAUUAUCAGUAGCAGUCCUACAAUCUAAAUGACAUUGUUUUGAAUGCUUGGGCCUAGAAUGGACAUGAAAAUUCUAUGAUUUACAGAACUCAAUCAUUUCAUGCAUCCCUACUUUUCCAGACAGCUGAACUAUGACCCCAAAUGGACCAAUAAAUGGUGCUUGAGCUUUCGAAUGAAACAUCUAGGAUAAU